AUGGCCGACGACGAGGUGGUCGUCGCGUCCGCGGAGGAGUCGCUGACCACUCCGCUGCUCGAGCCAGCCGCGAGCCCCCGCGACCCGUCGGUGGAGGUGAGUCUGUACCGGCGGGGCGCCGGCCCGCCCAAGGUCUUCCGGUCGGGCCUGAGGGGCCCUCGCCGCGACCGCCUCGACGUGCGCGGCAUCCAGGCAGAGCACGAGCUCCGCGCCCUCUUCGCCUUCAAGCCGGGGGUCUCCCGCCGCGGCCUCCGGAUCCGGCCCGACCCGGCGACCGGCCACUCCGCCGUGCCCUUCCGCGACGGCGCCGCCAUCGCCCUCGACGGCGAGCCCAAGGUGCAGGUGUCGUGGACCAAGCCUGCCUCGAUGAUCGUCGUCGGUCUGCUGGUGCUGGCGUUGAUGGCGGUGGUGGCUUUCAACGGGGUGCCGGAGUCGCUACUGUCGUCGAGCGUAGUCAAAGCCCUCUUCUCGCCGUGGAUCCUCGCCAGCGCGGUUAUCGUCUUCGUCCGUCUCAGGAUGCGGCCACAAGCUCCUCCCCGUCUCAGGAUGCGGCCACAAGCUCCUCCAUGA